CACUAUAUAAGUGACCUGUUUAUUGCCUUCCCUUUUGCCAUGCUUCUUCGUUGCUGCAAUUUUUCUCUGCUCCUCACAUUAAUAUCAGAUUUGGGAAUCGAAAAGAUCUUCAUUUGCAUAGAAGCACGACACUUACACUGUAUGAAGCAGAGCCUUAAGCCCCGAAGAUGCUUAACCUCAUCAGCAUGGGCGUUUGGGCCCUUCAGGGCAUCAUGGCUAUCGUCGUCCUCGGCCUCUCCGUCGACCUCGUCAAGGGGCAGAAGAUUGGCGACGCUCCUACAACUACGAAGUACAGCACGUUUACUGGCGGCUUUGGAUUAGCCGUUGCUGUGCUAGGCUUAGUAUCAGUCUUCAUAGACGCCAUUCCGGCUCUCGUAGUGAUGGCCGCGGAUGCCCUGAGUGGAGUCUUACUCCUCGGUGGUGGUAUUGCUUUCGCCAUUGGGCUGCGCGGUGUUGCGUGUAAAAAUGACGAUAUGGGAGACAUUGGCAACGACAUCAUUAACGGUGGGGGAUACAAGGAAGAUGGAAAGUGGUAUCUUCCAAAGGACUCAACCAAAGAGUUCUUAUUGGAGAGGUGCAAGAAGGCAACCGCAGAUCAGGCUAUGCAAUUUGUGACGUUUGGAUUUGCCCUGACGACUAUUGUUCUAGUGUUCCUGGUAUGGAAGAACGGUCGUGGAGGCCGAGGUACUAACUACGUUUGACCGCUUGAAGGCGUAGUCAUAGGUAGAUAGAGCUGCCAAAGCUACCAUCGAGCCGGAACCCGCUCGCUCCCAUGUCAAAUGUU